AUGAAACAUGACACAAAAAAUAUACUCCAACUUUUCAUCUCUUUACAAACAUUUGGGCUUCUCUUUCAACUAUCAGCUGCUGUCCCUAUCGGAAUCUGCUACGGCCGCGUCGCCAACAACCUUCCACCGCCCUCAGACGCCGUGAAUCUCAUCAAAACCAAUGGUAUCUCAAGCGUUCGACUAUUCAACCCUGACCCGGAGUCACUAAAGCCGUUUUCCGGCACCGGAAUCCAACUCACUAUCGGAGUCCCUAACGAAGAACUCCCUCCCAUCGCCACCAGCACCGCCACCGCCGCUCAGGACUGGCUUCAAUCCAAUAUCUUCGCCCACGUCCCAGCCGAUCAAAUCCGGUACAUAGUCGUCGGAAACGAAGUAUUUCUAAAAGACCCAUUUUACACACCCCACGUGAUCCCCGCCAUUUCAAACAUUUACGAAGCUUUAAAAUCUAUCGGCCUAUCGGAAAAGAUUAAAAUCUCAUCAGCACAAGCAGCUUCGAUUCUCUCAAACUCCUACCCUCCAUCAUCUUCAUAUUUCGACCCGAAUAUCUUACCAGAUUUAAACCGACUCCUUCAAUUCCUCCGCGACACAUCAUCGCCAUUAAUGGUGAACGUGUACCCUUACUUUAGUUACAUAAACAACCGGGAAUUCGUGUCGUUAGACUCUGCUUUAUUCAGACCUGGGAAUUCAUUGCAUGACCAGGAUCUGGUUUACGAUAAUUUGUUUGAUCAGACGGUUGAUGCGUUCAUAUACGCGAUGGAGAGAGAAGGGUAUGGUGAGAUUCCGGUGGUGGUGACGGAGACAGGGUGGCCGACGGCGGGCGGAGAAGCGGCGAGCGGGGAGAAUGCAUUGUGUUACAACGGGAAUGUUGUGAAAAGGGGUUUGGAUAACGUUGGUACACCCAAAAGGCCUGGGAUCGGUGUGGAGGUUUUCUUGUUUGACUUGUUUGAUGAGGAUGAAAAAAACGGGAAUGAAUUCGAGAAACAUUUUGGGAUUUUUGGGGUUAAUGGUGUCAAAGCAUAUGAUCUUAAUUUUCACUGA